AUGCCAUCCGCCCAAGACUCGCGGCCGGUGUCGCCGUCACCGUCACAGCUCCCGCCGGUGCCCGCGUCGCCGGUCUACUCGAUCGCCUCGACGGCCAACCCCAUGUCGCAGUUUAACCUGCCGCUGCCGCCGCCGCCGCGGCCCGCCCACGCCGUGCUGACCAAGGCGGACCUGGACCGCUCGCAGGAGGCCUACUCUGACCUCGUCGCCUCGGCCAAGGCUUACCGGCAGGCGCUGGCGACGCUGUCGACAGCGGCCUCGGCCUUUGGCACCGCGCUCGAAUCCUGCGCCCGCCUUAAGGAGGCCCGCGCCGAGCCCAUCGGCGGCGCCGCGGCCGGCGGCGCCAGCAUGACGGCCAGCUUCACCACCAGCAAGGGCGCCUGCACCGCCGACACGCUCAUGGCCGCCUCGGGCCUGCACCACCUCAUCGCUAACCACCAGCAGAUCCUGUCCGAGACGGUCUACCGCUCUUUCGAGGUGCCCCUGCUGCACGACCUCGACAAGUGGCAGUCGGUCAUUGACGACGAGGAGGAGACGUACCAGACCAAGAUCAAGGCCCAGGCCCGCGAGGUCAAGCGUCUGGAAAAGGACGGGCUCAAGCUGCACAAGCAGAAGCGGCGCGACGUGGCGCGCUUCCGCGCCCACCUCGUCGAGUUGACGAGCAAGCUCGACGGCAUGUCGACCCUGCACGCGGACCACGCGCGGACGAUGCUGCGCGAGAGCCAGGACACCAGCUCCCGCAUCGUCGACGCCAGCUGCAGCCUGGUCCGCGCCGAGGUCGACAUAUUCGAGAGCCUGGCGAAGAAGGGCUGGACAGGCGGCGGCCUGGAGGAUCUGCUGGAAAAGGGCCAGGACCUCUUCGCGAUGGACACGGACACGGGGCACCACUCGGGCGGCGUGCUGGGGGGCGGAGGCACGGGCGACGGCGUGAAGCUGUUUUCGAUCCUGCCGCCAAAGAGCAUACUGCCCGACACCAUCUCGGACCCGUCGCGCGGGGGCCACGCUAGAAGCGACAGCCUGCUCACCGACCCGGAGCGGUACCAGUCCCUGACGGCGCUGGCGUCGGACGCGCGAGCCCCGGAUCUAGAGGGCCCGCCGUCGGCCGACUUCAAUAAGCCGCGCAACGCGCGACCCUUUUCGCCGCAGCCCAUCCGCCGGGUCCCCAUGGAGAUUACAGAGGACUCGCUGGGGGCCUUUGGCAACGGCAGCACGCCUGCUGCCGAGGACGACACGCAGCGGCGCAAGGCUGGCGAAGAUGGCGGCCUCGACGAGGGCAGUCCCGACGGCGGUGCGGAAACGCCCAAGCACGAGCAAGAGGAUGAGGAGGGCGAAGAAGAGAACGAGGGCGAUGACCGCGGGAGGCGAUCGUGGUCGAAAACGCCAGAGCCCAGGGAAGACAGGGAAAUACCGACGUAUGACGGCUCACCUGGAGGUGGAUGGGGCUCUUGA